GGACUCACUUUUCUCUCAUUCUUUAACGAGAACCCGAAAAUUCCAAAACCCGUCAACGGUAAUUCCUCGUAUGAUGUCGAAUGUAUAAUCUCACAACCAGGCAUAUUUCUGAUUUGUUGUUGGGGAAGGAAAGAAAAUGGACAAGGUUUAUGAAAAACUAGAUGAAGCUAAAGCUGAGAUUGAGAAUCUCAGGGCAGAAUGCAAAAGCAAAGCAGAAUUAUGCAAGAACUUGAAGAAAGCCCACAAUGAACAGCUCAUAAAAAGCCAGGAAGCAAGUCUGAAAAUUGAGAAGCAAUCUCAAGAACUAAAUGAAAAGGCAGAAGAAAUCUCUGUGGCAAAGCAAAUGUGCGAGGAACUUAAAUGCAGUUUGAAUAAAAAAGAGUCUAUCGUUAAACAUUUGAGUGCUGCAAAUGAUAAGCUUAGAGUUGAUUGUGAUGAGAAGUCCCUUAAAUGGGAAAAAGAAAACAGAGAUUUGGUGUUGGCUUUAGAUGAGGCCAAUGAGAGGAUCACGGAUCAAGAGCAAAAUAUUCGUGCAUAUAGAGAAGAGAUUGAAGGCCUCAAAGGGUGUCUAUCGCUUUCACAGAAGAAGUGUUUGGAAGCAGAGAAAAGAGCUAAAGCAUCUAAAGAACUGAGAGAAAGAGAUGAUAUGUUGCUCAAUUUGGAGGAGGAGAACAGGAAGCUUGAAGAUCAGCUAAAGUGGAAAAAGGAACAAUUUGCACAUCUACAAGAAGCGCAUGAAAAGCUACGAAAUCAGUUCAGGGACAGUAAGAAGGAGUGGGAGAAGGAGAGAUCUACAUUGCUUGAUGAGAUUUGUUCACUACAGACCAGGUUAGAUUCUCAAACCAGAAUCUCAGAAGAUCUGAAUAAGAGGUUACAAAUGUGCAACCAAGCCCUGACCCAUGAAGAAAGCCGGAGAAAGUAUCUGGAAGCUCAAGUUUCUGAAUUCCAGACACAUUUUGAGAAUGCGUUUGCAGAGUGCCAGGAUGCAAAAUCGCUACUGGAAUGCUUGACUGCACAAAGGGACAAAGAAAUUUCAGCUCUAAGGCAUUCACUGGGCACAAAAGAGAUGGAUUAUAAAGAAAUGGAAUAUCAAGCUGCGAAACUAGAGCAAGAAAAUCAAGAGUUGCGGAUAUCCCUCAGAGAACUGCAGGAAGCUGGAAUACAAGAAUCAGGAGCUUCAUCUUCUCAGGCAAAGCUACGAAACAGGCUCAAAAGUUUGGAGCAGAUGCACCGAGAUAGUACUGCGAAACUUAGGGCUAAAGAAGCUGAAUUGAACUCUCAAAUGGAAAAGAUGGCAGGAGACCUGAAUGGCUGUCGGUCAGAGUUGGAGAAUAAAGAUGCUGCAAUAGAAGAGCUUAGAAUGGAGUUGGAAGGCUAUCAGUCUUUAGCUAUGCAGUUGAAGUUGCAAAAUGAGGAGAUCUCCGUGAUGUUACUGGUGUUAAAACUGGGAAUUUCUGAGGCUCAGCUGCGACUUGCAAAGGAAAAGGCUGCAAUGGAUGUGCAAGACAAAGAGAGAGAAGAGAAGGUUUCCAUAUUGAUGAAGCAGCUGGAGAUGAAGAAUGCUGCCCUUUCUGCAAAUAGGGCUAAAGAAGCUGACUUGAGUUCUCAAAUGGAAAAGAUGGCAGGAGACCUGGAUGACUGUCGGUUGGGGUUGGAGAAUAAAGAUGCUGCAAUAGAAGAGCUUAGGAUGGAGUUGGAAAGCUGUCAGUCGUUAGCUAUGCAGUUGAAGUUGCAAAAUGAGGAGAUCUCCGUGAUGUUAUUGGUGUUAAAACUGGGAAUUUCUGAGGCUCAAUCGAAGUUUGUGAACGAAAGGGUUGAAAUGGAUGUGCAUGACAAAGAGAGAGGAGAGAAGGUUUCCCUAUUGAUGAAGCAGCUGGAGAUGAAGAAUGCUGCUCUUUCUGCAAAUAUGGCUAAAGAAGCUGACUUGAGUUCUCAAAUGGAAAAGAUGGCAGGAGACCUGAAUGACUGUCGGUUGGGGUUGGAGAAUAAAGAUGCUGCAAUAGAAGAGCUUAGGAUGGAGUUGGAAAGCUGCCAGUCGUUAGCUAUGCAGUUGAAGUUGCAAAAUGAGGAGAUCUCCGUGAUGUUAUUGGUGUUAAAACUGGGAAUUUCAGAGGCUCAAUCGAAGUUUGUGAACGAAAGGGUCGAAAUGGAUGUGCAUGACAAAGAGAGAGAAGAAAAGGUUUCCCUAUUGAUGAAGCAGCUGGAGAUGAAGAAUGCUGCUCUUUCUGCAAAUAUGGCUAAAGAAGCUGACUUGAGUUCUCAAAUGGAAAAGAUGGCAGGAGACCUGAAUGACUGUCGGUUGGGGUUGGAGAAUAAAGAUGCUGCAAUAGAAGAGCUAAGGAUGGAGUUGGAAGGCUGUCAGUCGUUAGCUAUGCAGUUGAAGUUGCAAAAUGAGGAGAUCUCCAUGAUGUUACUGGUAUUAAAAUUGGGAAUUUCUGAGGCUCAAUUGAAGCUUGUGAACGAAAGGGCCGAAAUGGAUGUGCAUGACAAAGAGAGAGAAGAGAAGGUUUCCCUAUUGAUGAAGCAGCUGGAGAUGAAGAAUUCUGCUCUUUAUGCAAAAAGAGAUAAAGAAGCUGGAUUGAGCUCUCAAAUGGAAAAGAUGGCAGGAGACCUGAAAGCCUGUCAGUCUGACUUGGAGAAUAAAGAUGCUGCAGUAGAAGAGCUUAGGAUGGAGUUGGAAGGCCAUCAGUCUUUAGCUAUGCAGUUGAAAUUGCAAAAUGAGGAGAUUUCUGUAAUGUUACUGGUGUUAAAACUGGGAAUUUCUGAGGCUCAAUCGAAGCUUGCGAAUGAAAGGGUCGAAAUGGAUGUGCAUGACAAAGAGAGAGAAGAGAAGAUUUCCCUAUUGAUGAAGCAGCUGGAGAUGAAGAAUUCUGCUCCUUCUGAGGCUCAAUUGAAGCUUGCAAAAGAGAAGGCUGAACUGGAUGUGCAGGCCAAAGAGAGGGAGGAUAAUAUUUCUUUGUUGAUGCAGCAGCUGGAGAUGAAGAACGCUGCUCUGCUUAGAGCCCAGAAAGAUACUGUAGGAGAACGUGAGAAGACUGAAUCUUUAUCAAGGAGGAUUGAGUCCUUGGAUGAACAGCGACUAUUAAUGCAGAAAGAAGUUGAGAGGUACAAGGAAAUGCUCGAGGAAUCUUCCAGGUGUCAACUUUGCUUGAAAGAACAAGUUCUGCAGAUGGAAAGCAGCUCAAAGGAGAAACUUGGAGAAGUUUGCGAUGCCUUAGAGAGGGCAAAUGCUGAAUAUGCAGAGAAAAUCUGUGAAAAUAAUGAGAUUGAAUUUGAAUUGCAGAUAUGGAAAUCAAUAGCUGAACGCUUGAAAUGUGAUCUUGAAGAAAAUCACGCAGUGCGGAAAGAGCUAGAAGCUUCUCUUCUCUCACAAGUAGAUGUAGGGGAAACGUUCAAGCAAGAGAAGAAUAGCCUUAUCCAGAUGUUAGAAGAGAGAAACCGAAGAAUAGAUGAUCUCCAGCAACAGAUUGUGUUCCUGGACCAGAAGCUUAGCACAAGGGAAACAGAAAUGUCCUUUGAGCAAGAGAAAGUGAGCCUUUUCCAGUCUACGAGAGAGAAGGAGAAGGUUUUAGAGCAACUUGAGAAAGAGGUUGCCUGGCUGGAGCAAGAGUCAUUGAGAAGAGAAUUUGAAGGUGCUGUGCUUUCACAAACUGUGGCAGAGAGAACAUUCGGGCAUGAGAAAGAAAAACUUAUCCUCCAACUAGAAGAUAAAAACCAGAGACUAGAUGAUCAAAUGCAACAAGUGAAGUCAUUGGAACAAAAGUUCAAUAGCUCAUUAAUCUCCUUUUCUUCACAGCUUGCUAAGAAGCAGGCAGAGAUUAAUUUGGUCCAUGAAGCUUGGGAGAGGCUUACAGCAGUUGAGAUACUGGCUGCACUAGAAGUUGAAGAGAAGAAGUUGAUGAUUGUGGAACUUGAGGAUGAUAUCAGUAAUAUGCACAAGAAACUGGAAUUGCAGGAAAAAUCGUUCUGCCAUUCAAGACAGCAGGCAUUGGAAAUUGAAGCUGAACUGGAUGCAAAACAGUUGGAAAUAAAGAAUUUGACUACCCAAAUGGAGACAAGGCUGAGAACUUCAGAUGCCUUAGUUAACGAGCUGAAGAACGAAAAAAGAAGUUUACUGGAAGAUGUCAUGAAAUUGUUAUCAGACAGGGAAAACUUGUUGGGUUUUAUUGCGGGGUUGGGUGAUGGGAUCAGUGAGUUCUCCACUGCAGACUCACAACUGAUGAGUGGUUUAAGCCGGAUGGUGCAGUCUUUUGACAACAAUGGUUCAGGAAUGGUUUUGAAGGAGGAUGAGGAGCUCGUUGAGUCUGUAAAAGAGAACUGGAAUAUCCAUUCUUCUCCAGCCACAAAGAAAUAUGAAGUCAUUUCAGAUGAAAGACCGCCAUUUAGGGAGCGCAACAAUUAACUGUGGAAAGAAGCUACGUAUAAUAUAGCUCGUGCAACUCGGUAUUGCUUCCUCUUAUACAUGUUUCAGGCUUUCAGCGUGGAUUCCUUUUAGCUUGUCUAUGACUGAUUUAUGCAUGUAUUUGUUUAUAUUUCUGCCACUGACAAAUUACCACAAAUUCAGAUUUAUUUGUUUGAUGGGCCAAAA